ACGGAAAUUGAAAUAAGCGAUGUGGCUAAAGAAGGAGAAAAGGCAGACGCUUCACAAUUCGAACUUUUAAAAGUUUUAGGACAAGGUUCUUUCGGAAAAGUUUUUUUGGUUAAGAAAAUAGAAGGAAGGGAUAUCGGUACCUUGUAUGCAAUGAAGGUUCUGAAGAAAGCUACUUUAAAAGUGCGCGAUCGUAUCCGCACAAAAAUGGAAAGAAAUAUUCUCGCUCAAAUUCACCAUCCUUUUAUUGUUCGACUCCAUUAUGCUUUUCAAACAGAAGGAAAAUUGUAUUUAAUCCUUGAUUUCCUGCGAGGUGGCGACCUUUUUACUCGUCUUUCGAAAGAGGUAAUGUUCACUGAAGAAGACGUUAAAUUUUAUUUGGCAGAGUUGGCUCUUGCUUUAAAUCAUUUACAUAUGUUAGGAAUUGUUUACAGAGACCUAAAACCGGAGAACAUUUUACUGGAUGCAGAUGGUCAUAUUAACCUGACUGAUUUUGGGCUCUCAAAAGAGUCUAUAGAGGGUGAUGAGAAGACGUAUAGCUUUUGUGGCACGGUCGAGUAUAUGGCUCCAGAAGUUGUAAAUCGUAGGGGGCAUUCUACCGCAGCAGAUUGGUGGAGUCUUGGUAUUCUUAUGUAUGAAAUGCUUACUGGAAACCUACCAUUCCAUGGACAGAACCGUAGGGAAACGAUGGAAAUGAUAUUAAAGUCAAAAUUAUCUAUGCCCUCGUUUUUAUCACCUCAAGCCCAAAGUUUACUUCGUGCGCUGUUUAAACGGAUUCCUUCACAUCGUCUCGGAUAUGGACCAAAUGGGAUGGCGCAAAUUAAAGCCCAUCCAUUUUUUGCAUCUGUCGAUUGGGAUAAAUUGCUGGCUCGUGAAAUAGAGCCUCCAUUUAGACCGACACUGACGGCAGCGGACGAGACACAUUAUUUUGAUCCAGAGUUUACUAAAGAGACACCCAGAGAUUCCCCUGCGGUUCCGCCUUCUGCAACCGCCCAUGAACUUUUUCGUGGGUUUAGCUUUGUAGCACCAUCAGUAUUGGAGGAAAGUCGUGAUAAUAACCGUGUUCCACUUCCAGAAUAUCGUAUUUUUAUUCUGAUUUUGUUGUGUGUACACAAAACUACUCGCGCUGAAUAUGCUGUGAAGAUAGUCGGAAAAAUCAAGCGGUUUUAUUGUGAUGAAGUAGAUAUUUUACGCCGGUACUCUCAUCAUCCUAACAUUGUCAAAUUAUAUGAAGUUUAUGAAGACGAAAGUAGCGUGUAUCUCGUUGAAGAGUUGUGUAAAGGUGGUGAGCUCUUGCACAGCAUUAUUGCUCAAAAACACUUUUCGGAGAGAGAAGCUGCAGCUGUGCUUAUGAAGUUGGCAAAUGCUGUUAGUUACCUUCAUGGAAAUCAGGUUGUCCAUCGUGAUUUAAAACCAUCGAACGUUAUGUAUGCCACUACACGUGCAGAUAUCGAUUCGAUCCGGAUCAUUGAUUUUGGCUUUGCAAAGCAACUUCGUGCUGGGAAUGGUUUACUAAUGACGCCCUGCUAUACUGCCCAGUUUGCUGCUCCAGAAGUCUUGAAAAAACAAGGAUAUGAUAUGAGUUGCGAUGUUUGGUCUCUUGGAGUCCUGCUGUACACCAUGUUAGAAACACCAUUUGCGACUGGUGUAGAUGAUACUCCAGCUGAAAUCCUAAAACGAGUCGGUGAGGGACGAUUUUCUUUUUGCCAUCCUGCUUGGCAGAACGUUUCUGAUUUGGCUAAAGACCUUGUUGUGCGCAUGCUUCAUGUUGAUCCUUCACGAAGAGUUUCCGCGAAACAAAUUCUUGUCCACCCAUGGAUUGUGCAAAGAAAUUCAAUGCAAUUGACCAGACUUAUGAAGCACUUGAUCGCGCUUCAAACCCAGCCCCGCUGCACCCUGUGA